AUGAUUGGUCUGUUUGGUAAUAGAAGAACAGUUGUCACAUUUCCCGAUGGCAGUGGGUUUCCUGAUGGUAUGUGUAUUGAUGCUGAUGGAAUGCUUUGGGUUGCCAUGUACUUUGGCAGUGUCAUAUACAGAGUUGAUCCAUUAACUGGUACAAUAAUACGUAAUAUUGACUUGCCAGUUUCCUGUCCAACAUCAUGCUGCUUUGGUGGUGAGAAUUUUGAUGUGCUUUACGUUACCUCUGCUAGUCAUUUUUUCUCAGAAGAACAACUUGCCAAGGAACCAUUAGCUGGAUCUGUAUUUCAAGUAACAAAUCUUGGUGUGACCGGUUUACCAGCCAAUGCAUACGGUGGAUAAUUACAUACAUGACUGUGUAUUCUAUAUUAAUCUUAUAGAAUUAUAUCUAAGUGUUGCCAUGCAAUUUGUAUGAAUGUAUAUAAAUAAUAAUUGUCAAGAAAUGUGAAUAUUGUAAAACUUGAAAUAAUAUAAAUCAAAGGUAUUACUUAAUUGUACUUAAUUUUACUUAAAAUAUGUAUCAGCCAAAUAUAUUUUACUUCGUAGUAUGCAUUUAAACAACAUUGUAUAGAUACAAUAAAGUUAUUAACUUG